AUGGCUCGGGAAAUGGCUCUAGUUCCGCCGAAAGUCCUCGAGUCCAACUUGAGCGAAGACGUGGAGCACUGGCUUGCAUUGAAUGCCGUUCACAGAAGACUCGCUGUCCAGGAGAUCUGCCGGCUUGUGGAAACGGCCACACCUCCCGCCACCGAAGGACAGAGCAAUUUCUCCACCGUCUCGCCAAGUCCGCGGCCGACGAGUGCAAAUGCUGCCACAGCGAAUCUGCUCCGUCCAGUCGACGAGACCCUUGCCCUCUUCGACGCAUACUUCGAGCAUGUCUAUCCUCUACCCUGGUUCGCUUUUUUGCACAAGCGAUCUGUGGUUCAAAGGUAUUUGGAUGGGACAAUAGAAGAAUGUUUGCCUCUAGCCAUUUGUGCCGUCACCACUCAACGCCUCAAGAUCCCCCAGUACGGCCCCGAGCUGAGCGCGAGUUGGGCUCAAAGAGCAGAAGAUUAUCUUAUGCAAACCCUCGAAAAUCCUUCAACUUCUCGUCUACAGGCCCUUGUCCUGAUUGUCCGAUAUAGGGUGGAAGAAGGCAACUUUUCCAAAGCUUUCAUGCUUGCUGCACUUGCAGGCAGAUGUGCCGUCGCCCUUCGCUUGAACUACGAGCGUCCCGAGCUUCGAUUUCUGGUUCAGGAGGUUCGCCGCCGAAUCAUGUGGUCAUGCUUUCUCCUCGACUCCAACUUCUCCGUUGGCUUGCGGGAGUACGAGAUUUGCCCCCCAGAGAUCCUCUACCUCCAGCUUCCGUGUCCCGAGACGGAGUUCGAGGAUGACACUCCCGUCAAAACGCCACCACUCCGGGCUGUCUCCACGAAAACCGUGGAAAGACUUGGCGUAUACGCUGCUUGCUUGAGACUGGUCUCUAUCAGGCGAGAUAUCAUGAUGUUGACCCGACGCCUGGCGUCUUCCCGUGUUGAGCCACGAGACUUCAUGCGAUCUGUACAACAGUUCGAAAAUGAAUUGGAACAUCUCUACCAAAGCCUUGCGGAGUUUGACAGAUACUCGCCAACUAUGUUUACUCAUGGUCGAAAGCAAGUGCGGCUUCUUAUUGUCCAUCAAGCGUGGCACUUGACUCAUUGCGACCUUUAUCGAAUUUUCCUCACUGGAUAUCGAGAAGCCGCGCCCGCUUGGGCACUAGAAGGUAUCGACAGCCAAGAAGUCCUGCGCAUACGAGGGCUGUGUUUGCAGCAUGCUUUAUCGAUAGUCAAGAUCCUACAAGAGUUUUCUGAGCAGUCCCCUGCACAAACGGUCGACUUCGACACUGCAAAUCAUGCUUAUCAUGCGACACGAAUCAUUUUGUUCACCUCCCAACCGAACGUGGUUGCAGAGCCUUUGAGUGUCGCGGCCGCAUUGGAGAAAGCUCGCUUCUGCCGACGCAUGCUGGAGCGAUAUUUUCCUGCCUCUCCUGUGGUGGAACCAAUGAAGAAAGAAAUGGAGUUUCUCAUCGGAAGAUACUCCUCCAGGUUCAAUGCUACAGGAUCACUACAGUUACCACAACCAGAAGACACAAUCGAUGAGGAUCCGCGCCUGGCCGAUGAGGCUAGAAUCAGACAGAGAUUGGGAAUCCAUAGCUUGAUCCGAAGAGCAGACUUCGUCGAUGACAGCAACGAGGUCACUAGCCCUGCACCCAGCAUCCAACCCCGAUCUUCAGCCAUCCGGCAUACACUUUCGGUGCAGCACCAAGAACGACGCUCUCAAAGAACUACCUCCGCCACGAAUCGUACCCCCCAAAGAGUCCUGGGCACACACAGCAAUCGCACCAGCGCAGUCGAGUUUGCAAAGGCGAGGCCGUUUCAGCAAGCUACCUCUAACGCCGCUCAUGGGAAUACCAGCAGCGAACCGGCUUCAUAUGAUGAGGAGCAACCUGACCAGUCAUCGGAUGGGAUGAGGUUUGCAUUCAACCCCUGGAUGGGAUGGCCCGAGACCUUGGAAACGUAUGGCUUUCCACAAGGCGUGGAUGAUGACUACUUCUAG